AUGAAGUGGAAAUCAAGGAAGGUGAAACGAAAGGAAGCCAGAAGGCAAAGGAAAGCCAGAAUAGAUGCAUAUCACAGAAGGAAGUCAAUCAAGCAGACAUUGGUACAGGAGCAGUCAAGUCCUUUGAAGCAGGAAAAAGAGGUAAUCCAAGGCAGGGAACCUGAGAAGGAACCCUCUGUUGAUGUACCUCAACCACUAUCCAAAGGAAAACAGGGAAGGAAGGGAAAUGUAAAGAGUGCAAAGAAAGAGAGAAAGAAGAAUAUUCUUGACUUUGAAGCACGUAGGAGGCAGAAUUUUCUUGAGGAUAAUGAAAAGGAAGAGCGACACAUAAGAUUAUUGGAGAGGAAGCUUAGAUUGAAUAGACGGAAGGACAAGACAAAGUUGCCCAUGUCUUUUGUUGCCGAUGGCUUGGACUAUCUUUUAGACGUAUGUGAAUCUCAUGAUGAGAGAGCACCAAUGAAAGAUCAUCCACCAGCAGCUAAACAUGAUGAAGAUAUGGAUCAGUGUAAAGGGAGUGAUAUGGAGGAAGCAAUGAUUGAAGAUUAUGAUGAUGCAUCAAAUGAGGAAAGUGAUAUAGAAAGUGAGGGGGUUGUGGGGAAUCUUUUGGAAGAAGGAGAAAGUUCAGACAGUGAUGACAACCAACACAGGGAAGUUCAAACUAUAAAUGAUUUUGGAUCAAAUGCAGGAAGUAGAAGAGGUGACAAAGAUUCAGCAGUUAAGGAAAAUGUAAUUGAUCGACAUCUGGAAAAAGAAAUCAGAGCCCUCAUCAACCGUAUGAGUGAGAGUAAUAUGACAAGUAUUGCAUCCAAGUUGGAAGACUUCAGUCAGAUACAUGGUCGACAUUCUGUCAGCCUCUUGUUGAUGCAACUAACCUUGUCAAGCAUAAUUAUUGAUGGCACUGUACCUGAACGUCUUAUUAUGGAGCGAGCUCUUUUGGUAGCCAUUCUUCAUGCUCAUAUAGGUAGUACUUUGGCAAGAAUCCUCCUUGAUGCACUUCUUGAUGUUCUCACUGAAGCCACUAGCAGCAUCAGGCGAAAAAAUGCCAUUCUCCUAUUGUCAUAUCUCUAUAAUUUCAAAGUUGUGGACAAAGAUUUUCUAUGGGAUUAUGCAUCCAGUCUGUUAGAAACCUUUGAGGAAGAUGACAUUGAUGCACUUUUGGUUAUCUUGAGAUGCUCUGGAAUGACCUUCAGGGAAGGUGAUCCUUUAGCACUCAAGAAACUCAUCUUGCAAGCUCAAGAAAAAGCUUCCAGUGCUUCUCCAGGAAAUUUUCGAGUCAAGUUUAUGCUGGAAAUCUUGACAGCCAUUAGAAGCAACAAUGUGAAGAAGAUACCAGACUAUGAUCCAUUGCUCUUAGAGAAUGGAAGAAAGGUGUUAAGUCGUUCUAUCCGAUCAGGAGCUUAUAAUGAACCUAUUAGUCGGAAGCAGGAUGUCAGUGAAGUUCAAGCUGACGAGUCAAGUCCACAAAAGUCAACACUUGAUUCAAGUGAGAGUCAUCUCUUGCAGCUAUCAAGAUCUCAACGGCUCAAUACAGACAUUCGACGGAAGAUUUUCUCCAUCUUAGUCAGUGCACAGGAUUAUCUUGAUGCAUAUGAAAAACUAAUGCACCUUGGACUCCGAAAGAACCAAAAGCGGGAGAUCAUCCACAUCCUGGUGUCCACCUGCAUCCAAGAGAAACCCUACAAUCCAUAUUAUGCAUAUCUUGCUGAACAUCUAUGCUCUGCUGACCGUCACUUUGCUGUGACUCUGAGAUUUACUCUCUGGGAUCGAAUCAAAGAGCUGGGCAAUGCAAGAAAAUUCCAGAGGAAGAACUUGGCUGGGUUUAUGUCACAAAUAUUGUUGGCUGGCAGUCUUCCCCUCUCAGUGCUAAAGGUGGUAGAUUUCUCCCAGCUGACUGAAGUUGUGAAAGAGCUCUUAUCUCAAGUGAUGAUGCAUAUUCUGAAAUGUGACAAUGAGGAAGUUUGGAGAAAUGUAUUCCUCAGGAUCUCCAAAGGAGGAAGACUGCAGCUCUUGAGAGCCAGUCUGCGGCUUUUCCUGAAGCACUUUCUUUUGCCUGAGGUUGAUGAAGAGUCUCUUCAAAGGAAGAUCAAUGUUGCUAUUGAAUUGCUUGAAGUAUACUUCAUAGAUGAUGAGGUGUGGUCCAUUCAGUCCUUUAAUGGUGGAGUCAACCAAGAUAAAAGGAUCAUGAUGUUGAGGACAUUCCUCUCCCUCUCACUGCUGGCCUAUGCCAGUGGAUCUGAGUCCUCGUUUUCAUCUGUGAUAUCGUUCUGUGAGGCAUGGCAACUUCCUGAGAAAUGCCACUGCGAUGAGAAGCUUGAAGGCAUGAUCAGCCUGCAAUGCUCCCUCCCACUUUCUGAUUCUGCUCUAGUUGUAUCUCUUCCACAGAAGCACAUAGAGUCCCUGGUGCACCUGCAGGUGAUUGGAACUACCUUCACCACCUUCAACUUGAGUACAUUCCGAGUCUUCAAGAAUCUUAAGUCUAUUGCAUUUAUUGAUGACCAUUUGGAUGAGGAGAGCCCCCUGCAGCUGCCAUGCACCUCUGACUUCCCUCAGCUACAAUCUCUGAUACUCCGAAACAACACCAUUCGUAAUAUACAUCUUCAGUGUUCCAUGAAGAACUUAGAGCAACUGGAUCUGUCUUACAAUUUGAUAUCUCACUUGCCACCAUCACUUAUUGAGGAAUUACCAGCCCUCAAUUCAUUGAAUCUCAAAGGAAACAUAUGGGGAUGCAAUUCUAAUCUCUUGUGGCUGGUGGAAAUUCACUCUGCAAAACCUGGCCUCCUUGUGGAUGCAGAUUCUCUUGAAUGUUCCCAUCCAUAUGAAUAUAAGCCCCUUCUCAAAAGUCUCAAGUUCAUACUGGAUGCCAAGAGGGAAUGCCCAUCAGAUCCCCCAUAUGGCUGUGAAUGCACUGUUCCCCGGAUCAUCCCAUUGUCCAAUGGGACACUCAUGCCUUUGGUCUAUGUUAAUUGCUCCCACCGAGGCCUGCAGCAAUUCCCUAACAAGCUUCCUGACUAUGCUGUCACUCUUCACAUGGAACACAACUUGCUGACAAGGUUUGAUGGGAUGAAGGACAUUCAAAACUUCACCCAACUGGUGAAUCUAUACAUGGAUUAUAAUCAGAUUGAAGAGGUGGAGCACCUGGAAGGGACCAGCUUUGCUGAGAACUUCCGCCUCCUUAGCCUCAAGGGGAAUCGCCUGAAGCAGAUCCAGACUCAUGUGCUAAGGAGCAUUCUCCUACAUAACAUCAAUGCUCAUUCCUUGUAUCUGAGUGAAAAUCCAUGGCAGUGUGAUUGCAUCUUCACACCAGACUUCCAGUUCUUCAUAGCAGACUUUCAGAAAGUGCUACAUGACAAGUUGGCCAUUCGAUGUGAUUUGAGCAAGACUGACCCUAAUGCUGGGAAGCAGAUAGCUCGGCUUCCACUGGAGGAGAUCUGUGAGCCUGGUUGGGAGAUCCAUUAUCUGGACAUUCUCAAUGGGGUCAUGGCUUUUCUCAUCAUCAUCAUCCUCAUCAAAGUCACCUAUGACUGGUACUUCUAUCGCAAGAUGAACCGCAUCCCCUGGCUGGCCAAGAGGAUGCCGUGACCACAUGAAACCAGUGUGCAAGUUUCUCCUAGUCAUGGAAACCCAGGUGCCAUUGCAUCACUGCUUCACAAUACUCAUUGUAUCCACUAUUUUGUGUCUCUUGUUUCUAUUAUCUUUCACAUCUUUGUGAAUUUGAUUUACCCUGACAAUAAAUGUCCCAC